AUGGAAAUCAGAGCCUGCUUCAACUUCCCGGACACACUUCUCUCUGCACACAUGCGAAGUUGAUGCGCAUUCCCAGCCGGGACAGCAGCAGCAGCAGCAGUUGAUGAUGAUGAUGAUGAUGAUGGUGGUGGAGGAGGAGGUGAGGUCCUGGAGGAGCUGAUCGUCUCUCCCCGUCAGAUCCCCGGAUCUUCCUCGCUGCUGCUGCUCCUGGUCUCGGACUUCUUCUCCAACAUGCUGGAUCGUCUGGCGCCGCGCGCUCUUCUCCUCGCGCUCCUCUGCUGCUGCGGCGUCCGCGCGUCCUCGUCCUCAUCUUCGCCGUCUCCGUGUCCCGCGCGCUGCGAGUGUUCCGAGGCGGCGCACACCGUGAAGUGCGUCUCCAAAGACCUGCGGACAAUUCCGACCGGGAUCCCCGGGUACACCCGGAAUCUGUUCGUCACUGGGAACCAGAUCCGCCGCAUCGGUCCGGAGAGUUUCAGAGAACUGGAGAAUGUGACCAACUUGUCUCUGAGCAAUAACAGGAUCUCAGAGGUGGAAUCUCACACGUUUGCCGGACUCCGCAGCCUCCGCUCUCUGGACCUGAGCAACAACCAGCUGGCCAUCAUUCACCCCGAGGCCUUCACCGUCCAGAACGAGUCCCUGCAGGAGCUCAACCUCAGCCGAGCCCUUUACAACCACUCGUCGGUGAUGGACCUGGCCACGUCCUUCCGCUGGAGCUCCCUGGCGACGCUGAAGGUUCUGGACCUCUCUCACAACAACCUCAUCUUCCUGCCCUCGCGCAUCUUCUCCCACCUGAGCAGCCUGCGGAGGCUCCAGCUCUCCAACAACUCCCUGGUCGCCAUCCACAACGCCACCUUCUUGGGUCUGGAUCGCCUGGAGGAACUGGACCUCACGCUCAACGCCCUCAGGACGGUGCCAGAGGAGGGCCUGCUGGAGCUGGACUCCCUGCCCACAGCGACGCUCCUGCUGGGGGAAAACCCUUUCACGUGCACGUGUGGGAUUGAACCUUUUGCCGCGUGGCUCAACAGGUCGCAGGGACGUAUCAGAAACGCCGACGGCCUCGUGUGCUCCUUCCCACUGAGCAUGAGGAACACGUCCAUGCUCGCUGUGGGCACGCUGACUCUGGGCUGCCACCAGAGGGACGCAGGGGCGGACCUGGCCCUGCAGACGUCGUACGUCUUCCUGGGCAUCGUCCUGGGCUUCAUCGGCCUCAUCUUCCUCUUUGUACUUUAUCUGAACCGGAAGGGCAUCAAGAAACGCGUGUACGACCUGCGGGACGCGUGCAGGGAGGUGUGGGAGGGCUACCACUACCGCAUCGAGAUCGACUCGGACCCGCGGGUGUCGCAGGUCUCAGCGGGCGUCGACGCGUGAGAGGACAGUCGCUUGUUUACGUUUUCUAAGACUCUUUUUCUCCGAUGCAUUUAUCAACAUUUAAAUAUGUUACAAAUGUGUGUAAAUAUAUAAAUAGUGUUGUGUUAAUACUGUGGAGUUAGAGUUGUGUCCAUAUUUUCAAGACUCAACAAAAAUAUGGGGUUUUAUUGUUUGCUAUGUGUUUGUGGGCGGGGCUUAGGACUGCCUGCUGAUUGGCUACUGAGUUUUGGAGUCGUUGUCAGUCUGGAACUCGCUCCCCUUUAAUGUCUGUCAAAAUGAUUGUGACUAUCGAACGUUUGUCAGAUUAUAAACGUUCGAUAUUUAUAACAGGGAACAAGUUCCAGACAAAACUCAGUAGCCAAUCAGCAGGCAGCGCCCUAAGCCCCGCCUACACAAAAAACAAAGUGUUUUUUCAAACAAUAAAACACAAUAUUUGUGAAUGAUUAAAUCCAUAUUUUUGUGUGGAAACGUGGACAUGAAUGUAACUCCAUAGAAAACGGCCUUGUUGAAUGAACGCAUGCACUGAAAAAUGAGAAUGUAACAGCGUCCGUGUUUCCCUCUGCAUGCUCCUGCUCGUGUUCACGCAGAAACAGCAAGUGCCUCAAAAAGUCUCCGGGGUUUUUAUUUACUGAUCAAUUUAUGGAUCUGACCUGGACUCACACACACACACACACACACGUUUUGGAUCCUGACUCUACGAAAACAUGGCUUUUCUUUGGAUUGAGCAGGGAGGGUGAGGAGGGUGAGGAGGGUGAGGUGGAGGGGACAACUGAGCACAGAGCAGCGGAAAUCUCCCAUAGCCCCCUCGUCUUUUUUUCCAUCAUGAAACAUUGCUUUGUUUCAACUCCUUGAGUUUUAUUGUCAAAAUGAUGAGAACCAUGAGGCCGAGGCUGCUCAGCCCUCUCUGCCUCCCCCCUCACCUCCCCUCCCCUCCCCUCCCUCCUGUAAGACAACAGCCGCUCUGCAGGCCCUUUGAAGCACACAAAUGUGGCUCUCCACGUUUUUCUGUUUAAAAGGAUCUUAUUUUUUUUCCUCAUUGAUAAGAUACAGAUGAUUCAGAAACACCAGCGACAUUGUUUCAUUCAGCGUCGGUUAAAGAGCCAAAUACGCAGGGAAGAUGGUUUUAAUCUGGGUUUAAUCUGCCCUCUGUGUCUUUACAAAUGUGUGUUUUGUGAGCUCAGUGAAAAGAUCCUGGUUAAACAUUGUCAUUGUUUAAGAAAGCGCCUGUUGUUGUCCUGCAUGUGCAAAGAAAGACGUAAUAAAAGUGUUGUAAGUGUA